CCUGUCGAAAUUUUGACUUGAACGUACCUGCCGUCGCCGGAGCUGCUUGCUUACUGGGUCCCAGGCUGCGGAAUUACUCGACGAGGGGGUCAAUCGAGCCAGGCUCUCUCUUCUUCGCACCCCACGAUUCACCAAUGCGACCAUCAUAGCACCGAGCCACCAUCUACCAAAAUAUACAGCUCCUCACGAUGCCACCAACACUCCCCAUACAAACCUGCCUCCGGGCGGCGUCGAGGCCAGCGACGAUCUCUCCCCCCCACCUCGCAACAAGAACCCUCACGACGACAGCACCGACACUAUACAAACAACCGCGGGUGCCGGGGUCGGACCUACCGAUCCCAUCGGUAACGGCACCGCAGCACGAGAUCCCGCCAUACCCCUACGGGCCGCGGCAGGUAUACCACCAGUCCAACACGGGGCUGUACGGGACGGCGCGGAUCCGGUUCGGCAACAACGUGUCGGAGCGGCACCAGGUCAAGACGCGGCGGCAGUGGCGGCCCAACGUGCACCACAAGCGGCUGUGGUCGGCGGCGCUGGGCGUCUUUGUGCGCACCCGCGUCACCGCCCGCGUGCUCCGCACCGUCGACAAGGCCGGCGGCCUCGACGAGUACCUGCUCGGCCGCACCGCCCGCCGCGUGCGCGACCUCGGCCCCUGGGGCUGGAAGCUGCGCUGGCGCCUCAUGCAGACCCCCGCCGUGCGCGCCCGCUUCGCCGCCGAGCGCGAGGCGCUGGGCUUGCCGCCCAAGGAGGACGAGGAGCUGAGGAUGGAGGCCAUGCAGCCGCUGACGGACGGGACGGCCGUCGGGGAGGCGUUGAUGGCGGAGACGGACAAGAUGCUCGCGGAGGAGGCCGAGUUUGAGCUCGACGCGGAGGCGGCCGAGGGGGCCGAGGACGGGUUCAUGAAGGAAGAGAAGCCGACGCAGUAGAGGAGCCUCAAACGAGACGGCGGGUCUAGCAUUGUCUGGCAUUGCAGGGCGUAUCUAAAAGAAUUGUACCAUAUUGUAUUCUUGAUGUGUAAACGUGCCGCAGCAUUCCAGUUGUUGACACCGAGGAUAUGCAGGUACAGAUCGGUGACCUGGACCGAGAUACCGUCAAUAUAAAAA